AUGGGCUCUCCAAAAGAACAUCUCCCUCACUCUCUCACAGAAGACCAUGUGCGCUCUCUGCUUGACACCUUAUCUUCGCCGUCACCGCAAGCGAUACGUAAACUCGAAGUUACCGCAGCAUUCCACAUCAUUUUCGUGAUCAGUUACACGGCAUCUAGUCUCAGAUCAUGGUUGGCGUCAAAAGAAUGUCAUCAAGCUUGUCCUUUCUCAACCACGGAAUUAAUCUUACGCAUAUCCGGCAAUCACAUCUCGAGGAUCAAAACGGAGAAUGAAGCUUCUGUAUUGUCGUGGCUAGACAAGCAUACCACAAUACCAGUUCCGCGGGUUGUGGCGUACGAUUCUUCCACAGAUAACCCGCUUGGUCAUGAGUUCAUCUUGAUGACUCGCGAGCCUGGACAGAGCUUAGCGGACGUUUACAAUACUUUCACCUCGAUACAGAUGAACCAUAUACUGGAUCAAUUGAUUGAUGUCAAUGCCGAAUUGCACAAACAUACAUGGUCUCACGUUGGUGGGCUCUUCACUGACAACAAAGGCCACAUCAUCCCAGGACCGGUACUUGAAGAGACAUUCUGGUUCGAGCCAGACAUUCUAGCUCUGUGGCCGGCUCAUGAGACUUUUGAAUCUCUGAACAUCUCCGGACCUUUCAAAUCCUACGUGGCAUACAUCUCCGCGCAUCUGCUCAAGUACAAGCAUGCAAUUGAAACGCAUCCAUCUCUGGAGUUCAUGCGUGACAUUCUCCCACAGCUCGAUCGCUUCCUCGCUAUCAUCUCAGCUGAGCCAAUGCAAUCAAAGCUCAACGACAUUUCUCUGCGCCUCGCGCACAAAGAUCUACACUUUGCGAACAUCCUCGUCGACCCGGUCACCGCCCAUAUAACCGCAAUCAUAGAUUGGGAGUUUGCCGGCGUAGUCCCGUUCACGCGAUGGAACCCUAGCCGUGCUUUUCUCUGGAAUGCUCAAGAGAAUGACACAUCUUUGGCCGAGAAGACAGCGUUAAUGGAACGGUAUGAGAAGAGAGUGAAAGAAAGAGGACUUGGGUGUUUGAUCGAUGAUGCAAAGUUUACGUCGAAAGAACAAGAAAGUAUGCAGACUGCUGCGAACUUCUUGAGGGCAAUUGUAGAGGUUUGCCCUAGAAAUCAGGCUAGAGGAAGUGUCAUGGGUUGGAAGGAGACUGCUAUCGAAGCUAUGUCUGACCUUGGUGCUUGA